AUGCCUCAAGCCGGCCUCGAGGGAUCGAAUACCAUCCAGCAAAGCCCGCAGUACGCGGCACUGAGCGACUACAUAUCGAAUAAGAUUGAAUUGAAUGGAGCGUUAGACAAAUUCAGCAGUCCGGCUGAGAAUGAGUGGACAUCGUCGACAAGCGCAGAAGAGGUGGAAGAACAGUUGACGCUGUCGUGGAGAUCUAUUAUAUCUCAAGCAGCGCAAACGUCCUUCAAAGACGCAGCCCAACAGAAGUUGGCGGACUUCGUGGUUGGCCUACAGCAACGCCCAGCACUGCAGAAAGACGGUCAGACUUGUCAAGUCCAGGGCACAAUUGUUUGGAAAGAUCUGCCAACGUUUGGGUGGUCGAUACGAGACGCAUGGAACCAAGCUGCGGGACCGGAUAGCGAUCAGAAGAGCAAAGACCAGUGGAUCAACUUGAACGCGUUUACGGCUCUGUUGACAGCUUCGGCACACUCGAAGACCAACGACAACCCCGACCUCUCGCUCUUUGGUUUUUGGGCCUUGCGACAAGCUUUUGAGGAGCAGAACGUCUCCGACGUCGCCAUCGCGGCGGCUGCUGCGUGGUUCGUUUACGCCGCACCUACCAUCUACGACUUCUCCCAAAAGAGCAAAUCUUUUGAUGGAAAAGUUGCGAAGCCUGGUUCUGCCUUCUCCGACCAGAGCUGGACUGGCUUUUCGCAAGACCGAUGGCAGGUGUGGACGAAGAAGUUGAGCGAACUUCAAGGCCGUGUAUCCAACAAUACCGCAAGUCAGCUGGUCGAGCAAGCUCAGGUAGCGAUUGGCGAGAUUCAGCAAUGA